CUGACGUUUCAGUACACACAGUUGUACUGUCGUACAGCAGUGUGCCGUUGUACACAAAGUUGCUUUCGUCCAAAGACCAAGCAGGGUUUAAGCCCUGUCCCUGAUGUUUUGGGACCCUGCCCUGACAUGGCUGUCCUUUGCAAGUUGAUACUUCGAUAAGAUCCUAAUUGUCAGCAUGAAAGGAAAAACUGCACACUGUGAUUGGAAAUCAGCACCCCAAAAGAAGCCCUCUCCCUGCGAUCGAUAUAAACAUGCUUGUGCUAUUUGCAGAGGAUUUGUUUAUCUCUAUGGAGGGCGGAAUACCACCAGUCUUAGGGAUUUUUGGCGAUACAAUAUAGAGAAAAGUGAGUGGGAAAUGCUGGAUUGCUCAAGAGAUGGUCCAGAAGAACUGGAAGAACAUUCAAUGGUGGCUUAUAAGGGCACCCUGUAUAUUUUUGGCGGGAUGGUGGAUUCUGCUUUCACACAAGCAAAAACUCCUCUCUGGAUAUAUGACAUUGGUUCUGCAAGAUGGACAGAGUGCCGUAACGUACCAGCAGAGACUGAGAGCUUGGCACCGACUAACAGAAAAGGUCACAGCGCAGUAGUGUAUGAUUCCAGCAUGUGCAUCUACGGGGGAUACUUUGGCAUCAGAGGCAUUUCACAAGAGUUUUGGACUUUACAUUUCGAUACAAGAAAAUGGUUGUGUGUCUCCAGCCCGCCUCACGGUGCUGGCCCAGGACCUCGGCACGGCCAUUCAGCGGUGGUUUAUCAUGCAGGCAUGUACCUCUUCGGAGGACUGAUGGGGCUGAGUGAACAGAAGGACUUAUGGAAGUGGGACUUUGUGAGCAGCAGCUGGUCCAACAUCAGAACAAGCCAAGGACCUCCUCCAGUGGUGGGUCACGCUGCAAUAGUCUUCAAAGACUCUAUGCUGAUUUUUGGUGGAGGGAUUUCAAAUUCCAGUCCUAGUGACGACCUCUGGAAGUAUUAUUUCCAUACGCAGACGUGGAAGAAGCUAAGUAGUACUACAAAGGCAAACGUUUCUCCUAAAAUGUAUCACUGCAUCUUAGGAACUGGUGCUGAUUUCCAAACUACCUCAGAUUUCACUAAUACGUUCCCCAGCCACUGGAAGAGUAAGCGGAAGGACCAUCACCAGCUGGUGGCCAUCCCCAAGCACGCUCGCUUUUGCAGCUCCUUCCGUCACCAGCCCGCGUACCAGCCGUUCCGCAAUGAGGAGAGCAACGCCAUUGAAAUGAAAACCUUCAGCUUGCCCCUGGAGCCAGGGGGCUUUUGCACGUUUCAAACCACUUUGGAGACAGAACUAGACCCAAGCAGAGCAAUGGGCAUUUUGGCAAAGGACAAGUCUCUCCUUCUGUCUGUCUCUUCAGAAAAAGAGACUUUUGCUGCUGCUCAGAUUGUGGGAGAAGGGGAGGGAACCGACUGUCAGCGCGUGACUGGAGUGGAUGAAGUCAGCAGCGCUACCAACGUGCUGCUGCUCAUCGGGGGCAAACCUUUGUCCAGCUUCUCCGAGAUCUCAUUCCGGCAAAUGGAGUUUGAUAGCUUGGGAUUGCUCUGACUGCAAAGAGAAAGAAGAAAUUUCCACCACCGUGCCAGUCGGUGGUUAACCAACUGCUGGCACUUGUCUUCAGUUUCCUAUCAGCACACUGGGGAAAAAAUUUAAACCCUCUCAUCCUUGCCGUGAACAGAUUUUUUUACAAUGUGAACAAAACCCGACGUGUGUUUAAGUCACAACUUGCAUGUAAGUUGCAGUUUCUGAGAUGAGCUUGUUGGAAUGCUGCUCUUUUCGUGACUUUUUCUUCUCGUCAGUUAACGCCCUUUCAAAUUGCUGCCAUGAAAAUGAGAACUACAGGUAACCCUGGCUGGCGCCGUACCUGCCAUAUCAAAUGCAAAGCUUGCUCAUUCUGUACUGGCAUAAGAAAUAAAUACUCACCCAUAGAACUGUAUUUAACUCAAGUUUGUGCCCGUCACGGUCACAUUUGAGGGAUUUGCUGAAUCUUAAUGGCAGCAUUUUCAAAGGUGUUCAAGAUUCUGUUUCCUUCAGAGAGUGUUCUUUGCACAAGACAUUUGCAACGCGAGAUGGCAUGCAGCAAAGCAGAAACGCAACAGACAAAUUAGCAAGCAAAAAUCUGGAAGAUAUUCAAGGAUUGCAUCUAGCCCUGAGGAAGUGAAACCGUGAGUCCCCCCUGAAAAUCAUGGGCGGCAUUAGGCCAGAGGAAGCGCAUCAUACCUGGAAGUACAAAACAGCAGCCCAGUGAAUGCAAGUUUUAAUGACUGUGCACAGGAUCAAAAGGCUUUGACUUUCUGUUGGAAAGAGGAGGGCUUGGCAGGAACGGCACAAACCAUCGACUGGUAACUCGGAUUUUAG